AUGCGUCUUCAGAGUAUAGUUCUGCUGGUUGCUGCUACCUUGCUGGCCGCCGGACUGGUCGUGACAGACUCGAGGACUGUGGUGACGCCUAGUUUUCGAACCUCGCUCCGAAAUGACAUCCCCCCAACCGCACGAUUCCUACGCACUGGCACCACCACCGAUGAGGACCAAGACGCAAGAACUUUGAAUCUCAUAAUUGCCCGCUUGGAGAGUCUCACGAACCGUUUGAAAUCUGCAAGCCAAUUGAAGGUGAAGGAGCUGGUGAAUAGUGGCCAGAACAUCGACGACGCUUUUCUCUCCCUCAAACUUAAGGACAUCAAGACGGACCUUUUCACCAACCCCGACUUCAAGAUUUUGGCGCGCUUUGUCAAAGAGACCGAUAAGCAAACCGCGACAGAGUCCAUGCUCGCGACACUGCAGAAGAACUUUGGAGCGAAAGAGCUCAUAUUGAUGCUCCAGGAGGCGAAGGACGCGAGUAAAACCGCCAAGAAGCUGCAGAUAGUGCAAUUCGAAGACUGGGCCUCCAACUCAAUGUGGCCGGAAGUCGCCGUCGCGCAGGUACUCCAGAUCGAUGAAAAACUCAUCCUGCGCAGCCAUCGGUUGUCGCCUGCCAGACAAAUCCGAGCUGCAUACAGUGCCUAG